AUGGUAAUGGUUCACGAGGUUCCUUUCCCUCCACAAAUUAUCACUUCCAAGCCCCUCUCUCUUCUGGGCCAAGGGAUCACAGAUAUCGAGAUCCAUUUCCUCCAAGUGAAGUUCACGGCGAUCGGAGUUUACUUAGAUCCUUCAGAUGUUAAAACACAUCUUGAAAACUGGAAAGGCAAGACCGGAAAGGAACUCGCCGACGAUGAUGACUUCUUCAACGCUCUCGCCUCCGCGGAGGUGGAGAAGUUUAUAAGAGUUGUGGUGAUAAAGGAAAUAAAAGGAUCUCAGUACGGAGUGCAGCUAGAGAGUGCGGUGAGAGAUCGUCUAGCUGAGGAGGAUAAGUACGAGGAAGAAGAAGAAGCAGAGCUCGAGAAAGUCGUUGGCUUUUUCCAGUCUAAGUACUUCAAGGCUCAUUCCAUCAUCACUUACCAUUUCUCUGCCAAAGAUGGCGUUUGUGAGAUCGGAAUUGAGACGGAAGGGAAAGAAGAGGAGAAACUGAAAGUGGAGAAUGCGAAUGUGGUGGGAAUGAUGCAGAGAUGGUAUUUGUCAGGAAGUCGAGGAGUGUCACCAACCACCAUUGUCUCCCUCGCCGAUUCGCUGUCCGCAGUUUUAACCUAA